AUGUCCUCUCAAGAUCCCCCAUUGGAUGAGAUCCAAUGGCGUUCUCCAGCGGCUGCCCAGCAGAUGCAAGGUAUCCAUUCGAAUUCAGUCCUCUUUUAUUUCGCUCAAUCUCCAUUUUUCGAUGCGACAUCCAACAAUGCGGUUCUCUUUUCUCAAGCCAUGUACAACCCAAACAUGCUUCCCAUAAUACAAACUCGGGAGGCUUUCGAAGCGCGGCUGAAGACCAUGUCUGGAACCGAGUUUAUUGUCGCACAAGAGCCAGCAGAUCCUGUCACUGGAACAGGAGUCUGGGUGAUUAGGAAACAAACCCGAAGGAAAAGACAAUCGGAGGAGGACGAAAUAAUUGUGCAUUCCACAUAUUUCGUCGUCGGGGAGAAUAUAUACAUGGCUCCGGCAGUUGGAGAUGUUUUGGGUAGCCGGACUCUGUCAAUUCUAACUUCUCUCAACAAGUUCUUUUCAACCGCUGCCUCACUCCCUACCUUCACCCCAGCCCUAGGCACAACCUACCUACCACCCCCCACCACACGCCCGAAUGCCUCUACACAAUCUCAACUCGACCAAGUUAGUAAAGAAAAUACUCCUCUACCCGAAACACUUCAAAACGCAAAGAAGCUACCACUCCCCUCGACAAACAACAGCACCUACCUCAGCACUCGUCUCCUCGAAGAAACCUUGGCCAUAAAUUUGAAAUACGGCGAUGAAUACAUGGACGAGAAUCCUAUAACGGGCGAACCGGGGGCAUUCCACCUCUCUGCAACGGGUAGGGUUGAAAAGGACAAAGACAAAUUAAUGGUUCCUACCACGGGUAAAACUAGUGCAUCCACAAGCAAGGCGCCUACGCCGGUGCCGCCUCCCCUGAAGACAGAUCUUGAGUCUCUCGGCAAGAAGGCGAAGGGUGAGAAGACCCCGACGAAGAGCCCAGGCGGAGGAAAGCUAAAGCGGAGGAAGAGCAAGGGGGUUAAAUCAGCGGGGGGUCUGAGUCCUUCGUGA